AACGACGGCCUGACGGACUGACACACACGCGGCGUGCAAAGAGCCAUCGGAGACGAGAGGCGCGAGGCUUUAUAAAUCGUGAGGAUGCACGUCGAAGCAGUGACACCUCGGCCGACGACAGUGAAAAACGCGUGGCCGCAAUCGACCAGGAGUGGCGAACGCAUUUUUCACACUUGAGCAUCGAGGAUGCAACCACGGGUGACAGUGGCUCUGGCCACGGUCUGGCUGACGGUGGCGGUUCUGAUAGGAGGAGCAGUCACCCUCCGCCUCUCUCACGAUCAAUACUCCCCCGCGUCUCCGCGCCGACACGCUGGGAUUCAACGGGACCAUACUGGAGACUGGAGGGAUCACGAUCCGGCUGAGGAUCAACCGGUCGACCUUAGAAUCGGCUCGCGAAGGUCGAUCUCCACUGAGGAAUCAGAAGCUCUAUCUCGUAAUGCCAAGUUUACCGAGCGAGAUUUUCCGCUUGGAGAUCUCUUGAAGGACAUUGUCUCGUCAAAGCGAAUCUACCCCUUUUCAGGCUGGCAAAGGCGGUUGCCGAAUAUCGUCGGCGCGGAAUUCGCGGCCGACAAAGUCGAUUACGGCUAUGAGAUGCCGGAAACGCUUUCGCGCGAGACGGUGGUAUCCCCUUCAGACCUUUUGGACGACCCCUUUGUGGCGGACGACACGUUCCAGGAUCAAGGUCCAGGCUCGAUGGAAAUAUACAAGCUAGACCUAUCUAAAGAGAAGACUUUACUGACCGCAACUACGCCCUCCACAAAUUUACCGUCGAGAAAUAAGAGCAAGGCUUCAAAAAAGACCGGUCAUCUGGAUUCCAAGGCAAAGACAACAGAAAUCAAGUCGACAACGACAGAUGCGAACGUUAGUCACAGACAGUCCAACUUUUUCGAAGAACAACUAACCGAGACUCCUUUGGUCAACAGAGACGCCUUUGGCGUCGGCGGCGUGCCGGAGCUACAGGUUGGAUGCGAGGGUCUCGAAGCGUCGCCGUCGUCCCACAAGGCGAAAAGAUCGAUAGAUACGCUCGACAAGGAGAAGGGCGAGGUACCGGCGUCCGUAUUGCUGGACGUGACGCCGGUAUCCCUGGAUCUCGACGACGUUCUGUCAUACGACGAGGAAGAGUACGAGGAGAUGGACGAGUUGCUCAAACUCAAGAGAUUGGAGACUACCACGAAAAGGAGCAAACCGAAUAGGGGAGAUAUGGAUGCCAGCCAUCUUAAUUCCGACCAUCUGGACGAAUUCAGGCGACCGGACAAGUUACCAGUGCGGGGAGAUUUAGGUGGAUCCACUCUAAUGAAUUCUAGCGGAUUCGUAACCGACCAGAAGGAAUCGCCCAAGCGGUUUCUGAUGGAUCUCAAAAUUAAGAACUAUGAGGAGACCAAGUCGAAGCGAGAAACCGUCUCAUUGGACGAUGAUGACGGCGCCAGCAGGAGUCACGGUCGACGGUUGCUGUGGUUUGCCGAAGCAAAUACUGAGGGAUUUGCGGACGGCAAAGGCGAGCGGAAGCGCACGAGACGGUCGAUCGAUUGGGGCUUCGGCGAGGAUGAAGGUGUCGUGUCCAGCGAUGAGUUGCAAACCGUGAAUGAACGUCGCAGGCAGCAUGAAAUGCGAUACCAUCAAGACACAUCUAGGAGACGUGACCAACAUCGCGGAUUAAAUGCUGAUGUCGAUAGUAUCAGGCAAGAGUAUGAGAAACUGCUUGAACAAAAACGAAGAGAAGAGGAGCAACAUUUACGACAAAUGCAACAGGCUAAUCAAAGAACGUUGGAUAGAUGGGAGGAGGAAGAAAACAGAAGAAGAGACGAGAUGCGGAGGAGACAAUACGAGGAGUAUCAUAAGAAAAUAUAUCACACUUCAACACCUCGUACGGACAACGAACAGAUACGACGACAACAGAUGGAAGAACGACGAAGGCAGGAAGCAGCGCGCAAUCGAACGCAAGAGAUGGCCAGAAGAAACGAGGAAGAGCUGAGAAGGCGAGAGGAAGAGGAACGAAGACGACAAUUGCAAGAAGAAGAAAUGAGAAAAAGACCGCAGACCAAAUGGCAGGAGGGAAACUUGAGAAGAUCAGAUUCUAGAACCUCUUCUACAAGUGAUGAAGACAGAAAACGAAGACUUCACGACGAAGAAAUGAAGAGACGGGAGGAAGAACGGCGAAGACAAUUAGAAGAAGCAAGGAGACAAGAACAGCACAGAUUGCGGCAAGAAGCGCAAAGAAGAAAGGAAGACGAGGAGAGGAGGCGUCAGGAAGAUCGAACGAGGAAUCUUUCCGAAAACGAUAGGAUGAGACCAGAAGACCGUCGUAGGGAAUGGUUAGAGAGGCGGAAACAAGAGAACGAAAACGAGAGAAGGCGACAGCAGCCACCAUCAAAUUUAAUGCGCGCGGAACAUCCAGUCAAUCAUCCGAACGAUAUCAGACAGCGUGAUCAGGACGAAAAAAGACGACAGCAAGAGGACCGACAGCUGGAACAAAAGCUGCAAGAAUACAUCGCGCAAAAUCGACCUAUCAAUGUCAAUCGUGCCGAUCAAAGAUCGGAAGAGGAGAGACGGCGCUAUCGACCCGAGGAGAACCGAAAUCCACGGAUGAAUGCGACUAGAAACGACGACGAGUACCGUCGGCGAGUGGAGGAGCAGCGUAGAAGGCAGGAAGAAGAGAGAAAAUUACAGGAUUACAUCAGGAGUAACCAGCCAGUGAACGUGCCAUCGAGGGAUAAUCAAUCGACCACGGCCGAUCGUAACUGGUUCGAGGAGCGGAGACUGAUCGAGGAAGCCAGGCGUCGCGACAGAUAUCCCGAUCCAGGAGUGAGGAGAGCCCAUGGACCGUCGGCGCCUACGUAUAUCGAUCCGCGAAGCUCACCGGAGCAAGUUAGAGUGAGGCAGCAGGAGGCGGUGAGAAGGUUGGAGGAGGAAAGGCGGCAGAGGUACGAGGCGGAAGAGCGACGGAAGGAACUCGCCAGGCGACAGUGGGAGGAGGAGGAAGAGAGACGGGCACAUCAGGAACGGAUGCGAAAGGAGGCGGCCAGGCGAGAAGAGGAGGCGAGGAGGGAGCAAUCCAGGAGGUACGAGGAGGACAGGAAGCGGCUGGAGCUUGAGAGGAUAGAGACCGAGAGAAGAAGGCAGGAGAUGCUGAGGGAACGAUCCUGGAGCGAAGCUGGAAGAGCGAGACAGCCGGAAGCCACGAGGCCGAUCUACUACCAGGACCCUCGUCUUUUGGCGGAGCACAGAAGGCGGCAGGAUAGCCGGCCGAUUCCGAGUAAUUUGAUGCGAGCUGAGGAGGCCAGGCGAGCGGCGGCAGAGCGCGAGAAACAAAGAUUGGAGGACGAGAGACGACAACAGGAAGAGAGAAUGAGGGAGCACAGACAGAAGGAGACCGACCAGUGGAGACGACAAGAACUAGCCAGACUAAACUCCCUGCCGGUGAGCGCAAGGAUAAUAGUCCGUCCUGGCGGCUUCUCGCCGACAUCCCUCCAGCCGAGAGGUAGCUUCGACAACGACAACGAGAUCGAUUUCACGGGAAUCAAUCCAAAUCGCAAGGGUGUACCAGUGGCACAGUUUCCGGCUCCACCGACUUUAAGACCACCCAUCGAGGCGCCUAGCGCAUGUGUUUGGGCAGUUGUUCACUGUUGUUCAGCCAAUAACAAUCGUCUUGUAAAAUGUUUCGAAUCGUUGGGCUGCCCUGGGAUUAAUUGGGAUCCUAACCCGUGUAGUCUUCCUAUCGCGCAAGCUGCCAGAACAGAAGUCCUGAACUUUUAUUCCAACGUGUAAAAUAACAUCGAUAAGAGUCAGCCGUCAAUCUUCGAGAGACGAAUAUCAACAGAAAAUAAAAAGAGAGGAAAAGGCUCUCUUCAACGCCGACGGAAGACUCUCUCUCUCUCUCUCUUUCUCACGAAAAGUUUCGAGUUACGGUACUUCAAAUCAAUUUGUGUAUGUGUGACUUUUCUACUGGCACCGUACAAAUAUUUGUGUCGCUAGAUAGAAAAGUUCAGAAAGUAGACUUAGAUAUUUGCAGAACGUAAGAUCUUGAUAUUUUUACUUGUUGCGAUACCAUUAAUAGUUUUAAUGAGUUUUUAAUAAAUCCAAAUAAAGCAAUAUUUUUAUGGCACAAAACUAAAUUUAAAAAAUAAAAGAUUA